GUAUGAUCCAGUGACAUGAUGGAGAGUUUAAAGACGCGGCUCGAGUUCCCCAGCCCUGUCGUACAAGCCCAGACGGUGAGAAGUCUUGUUGCAGCUGUCUUAAAGGAAAAAGGGUCAGAUGGGCAAAUCAGCUGGUCCUGUGCUCAGGGCCCAGCGCUGGAAGCUUUGUGGCAGCAGUGCUGCAGUGACUGUGCUGUGGUGUGUUCAGCAUGCUGUGACACCUUGGUGUUAUUGGUGGACCAGGGCCAUGCAGACCUGGAGUACAUCCUCAAUGGUGUCCUCAACCUCCUGCCUUCUGCAAGACACACUCAAGGGUUGAUAAAAGUCAUUCGGCGAUUGUUGGAGAUGCAGGCUGACCAGAGCGAUGGACACUUCACCUGUCCGUAUUCUAUCAGGAGCAGCCCUCACCCGUACGUCACAGCCCUGGAGAACAGAGCGGACUGCUGGCCGGCUCUGCUGUUCGAGAUCGAUGACUUUAUCCAGAAAGCUGUUGACAGAGAUAAAGCGGCUUAUAUCACCAUGCUGGCCCCCUUCCUUCGGUACCUAUACUGCCAACCUCACAGGCAACCCGAGCACGCGCUCCUUCGACAGAGUCUUCUUAGGGUGAUGCUGCCCAUUCAGGGAGGAUCCAGGUCCGCCCCCCAGAACAAGGAGCAGGAAACGCUGACCCCAGUGUCUGACAGGCUGCUGCUCUGUCUUUGUCAGCUGGUUCCACACAUGCAGGUGGACAGCGUGGAGGCAGUCCUGGAGCUGUGUGCAUUUGUGGGUGCUCUGCUCCAAGAUCUAACUGGGACCUCUGGAGACCAGUGGAAACCAGAGAAAGCGGCGCUGGCUCUGCAGCUGCUGUGUGCGUGUCGGCGAUGCCUCGAGUUAAACGGAGACUGAGACCAAUAAUCGGCU